AUGUCUCACUCAAUUAACCAUUCUGCUAAUGAAGCGAACAUCAAAAAAAGAACGAGCGAGAAUGAUUCUAGUAAAAUACAUCUAACAAGCAAACGAAAUCUGAUCAAGGAGAAUAUCAGCACCAACAAGGGAAACUUCAUGAUCAAAGAUGCUAAAAACAAAUCAACAAUUACCCAUAAUUCCACACCAAAGAUGCUAGCUUCUAAAAGUAAUGCCUUGAAUAGCAAGGAGAACAUGAAAGAUGAAAUCAAGAAUAAGCCUUAUGAUCUCAGAAACAGAAAACCCAUUGGGGAGGAUGUACAAAAAACGGAAUUAAAAAAGCCCAUAAAGAUAACAGGAUCAAAAGAAUCGCUUCUUGAAUCGAAACAGAAUGCACAACAUAAGAAAGAAAAAACUUUUGAUCCAAAGACAUCACCAAAACGGAGUAUGUCUGCUCUCAGUAGCCUUUUGCAGCCUUCUAAAAGACGCACUGCAAGUUUACAGCAGUCCUCUGAAAUCAAGACUUCUGGCCCAACCAAACACAAUAAAAGAAAAGAGGAAGAACUACCAUUCGCACCGGAUGGUCUUGAUUUCGAACCAAUUACUUCCUUUGACAAACUAUCAUCAGAACUCACAUUUAAGACCUCCGAUGAGAAAUUCUUAAAUACAACGACCUUUGAAUAUGGCUCACCGCCGACUGAUCCCGAUACACAGCAUAAUUCGGCACGUUCUAAAGCUGAAGAUGACUUUGAUUUUCCUUUGGACGUCGAAACAGGGCACCACGAAGAGAAAGAACUUCCUUUUGAGUUGGAUGAUUCACUCAAAGUCCAUCUUUCUUCAUUCAGUCCUACCAUUUCAGCUGAAGCUUAUUAUGCAAAAGAGGAACCUGAAUUUGAGUUUGACCCUCAACAGCUGGAAGAAACCGGACUCGAAAUACGGGACACGACGAAUGAAGCAUUUGACUAUGAUGGAAUACCAGGCGCAUCUUAUGGAGAAGACUUUAGCUCAGGCUCAGAUGAUGAAGUAUCUUUGCUGACAUUCCGUGACUUUGUCCUCACCGCAAGCAAACUUGAGAUUUAA